AUGCUUAACUGCAAGCCUGCUUCCACGCCUGUUGAUACGAAGGCUAAGGUGUCCGCCAUCGAGGGCUCUCCGGAGUCCGACGCUCCCUUCUACCACUCCAUCAUCGGUGCUCUUCAGUACCUCACACUGACACAUUCGGAUAUACAGUAUGCUAUCCAGCAGGUGUGCCUCCACAUGCAUGCUCCUCGUGACACUCAUUGGGCUCUGGUGAAGCGUAUUCUCUGGUAUAUACGCGGCACCACGGCUAUGGGUCUCACCCUAACGGCAUCACCCGGCACCAGCCUCUUCGCCUACUCCGACGCCGACUGGGUUGGGUGUCCCGCCACUCGGCGCUCCACUUCCGGCUACUGCAUCUACCUCGGGCCCUCUCUGAUUUUGUGGUCGUCUAAACGACAACCCACGGUCUGA